AGUCAUAGUGUGCACUCAGGGCAGUGAGGGGUUAAUACAGUCAUAGUGUGCACUCAGGGCAGUGAGGGGUUAAUAUAGAUCCAGUCCUCUUCCCGUUCAGGGAGUGUCUCUCAGUCCUCACUCCCACUCCUGGCUUCCUGGUCUGAGACUCUGCAGCAACUCUGACAGCAGGUAGGUGCCCCCAGUACACCGCUCCCUGCCCCUCUAUACACAACACAUAGUGUCACAUGAUCCCCAACUCUAACAGUGUGCCAGGCACAACCCCCUUAUAGAGUAUACUGCUGGCUCUAUAUCCCCCUGAUAGAGUAUACUGCUGGCUCUAUAUCCCCCUUAUAGAGUAUACUGCUGGCUCUAUAUCCCCCUUAUAGAGUAUAUUGCAUCGCCCUCAUAGUGUGUAACAAAUGAUAUUCCUCUAUCCAUCCAUCCAUCCAUCCCUGUUUAUUGCUCCUGAGAUCUCAGAAAAUCCAUCUCUAGAUGCAGGUGUCCCGGGAUCAAGAUAUCUGUCUGCAGGUGUCCCCCAGUUCAGGUGUCUCCCAGUUUUAGGUUUCUGCAGGUGUCCCCAGUCAGUGUAGGUGUCCCCCAGUUUAGGUGUCUGUCUGCAGGUGUCCCCGGUCGGUGCAGGUGUCCUAGAUCCGGUGCUAUUUACCUGCAGUGCCCCACCUUACCUCCCUGUCACAUACAGUAAGCAGAGGACAGUACUAAGUGACUCAGCUCUCCUAGUACUCCGUCACACUGUCCACAUGGCAGAGUCCAUCUCUAGAUGCAGGUGUCCCAGGGUCAAGAUGUCUGUCUGCAGGUGUCCACGGUCGGUGCAGUUGUCGCCCAGUUUAGGUGUCUGCAGGUGUCUCUGAUCAGUGCAGGUGUCCCCAGUUUAGGUGUCUGCAGGUGUCCCCGGUUAGUGUAGGUGUCCCCCAGUUUAGGUUUCUGCAGGUGUCCCCCAGUUUAGGUGUCUCCCAGUUUAGGUUUCUGCAGGUGUCCCCCAGUUUAGGUUUCUGCAGGUGUCCCCCAGUUUAGGUUUCUGCAGGUGUCCCCCAGUUUAGGUUUCUGUAGGUGUCCCCCAGUUUAGGUUUCUGCAGGUGUCCCCAGUCAGUGUAGGUGUCUCCCAGUUUAGGUUUCUGCAGGUGUCCCCAGUCAGUGUAGGUAUCCCCAGUCAGUUUAGGUGUCUCCCAGUUUAGGUUUCUGCAGGUGUCCCCAGUCAGUUUAGGUGUCUCCCAGUUUAGGUUUCUGCAGGUGUCCCCAGUCAGUGUAGGUGUCCCCCAGUUUAGGUGUCUGUCUGCAGGUGUCCCCGGUCGGUGCAGGUGUCCUAGAUCCGGUGCUAUUUACCUGCAGUGCCCCACCUUACCUCCCUGUCACAUACAGUAAGCAGAGGACAGUACUAAGUGACUCAGCUCUCCUAGUACUCCGUCACACUGUCCCCACGGCAGUCCCAGCACCUGUCUCUAUACUGUACGGCCUGUAUAGUACCUGCCCUGCCCGCCGCUUACACUGUGCCAAACUGCAGCCAGUACCAGGGGAUCCCCUUAAUAAAAGGGGCAACUCGCCAGCAGUCCUGAUUUAUAAUGGGGCGGCUCUAUAAUAUAUAUUGUUUAUCUUAGUAAAUACUAUUCUAUCUCUACGGGAAGAUAAAUCCAAAUAAUUCCAGUGCGCAUGGUACAAGGGAGCACUAAGAAUAAUAUUACGGGGGUCGUUUGUGUAUUUUAAUAACUAUAUAGAAAAGAAAACCCAUUUCACUAAUUUUUCCAAGCUGAAAUAUACCGCGUUUCCAUAGCAAUACGACAAAAACAAAUUAUUCUGUCUUCUGUGUUUUUUUACCAACGUGUGACUUGUCGGGAAUUCAAAGUAAACGUUUUAUAUUUUAAUCUAAAACAUCCAAAUGGAAAAUCAAGCCGACAUUUCACACACUUUAGUAACUAGCCCGGCCACUAAGCGCAGGAGGCGGAGUUAUUUCAGCUUUGCAUGGCGGAGGCAGCUCAUGGUGACCCAGUUCUCACUGCUGUUACAGUAUUGUACUGACCCCUGCGUCCUCUAGAAACGGCAUUAACUCUUCGUAAGCAGGAAAUGCUGCAGGAAACACUUUACCUCAGUUUGAGCAUGUGGUAGAUCUGUCCGAUUAACGCCUACACAAUCUUCACUGGAUUCUGAAUGUUCACAAAUUAAAGGAACAUUAUAGUAAAUUGUUAGAAAUACCAAUCUGUCUUCUUAACGCUGUGCUGUUCAGGCUCCUGGUGUGUGCGUUUAAAAACAGUUAAAUUCACCUUUUCUUCCCCUGGUGUCAGUCUCGCCGCAGCCCCCCGCCUCUCUGGCUGAGAUCAUCCGUCCUGAUGAUUCCAGCCAAUCCAAUGCAUGCUCAUAGGGAAGAAUUGAAGGCUACUGCGCAUGUUAUACACUCAGACACAUUACUGGGAGUAUUAUUGCUGUGGAGCUCUGUUAUACACUCAGACACAUUACUGGGAGUAUUAUUGCUGUGGAGCUCUGUUACACAUUACUGGGAGUAUUAUUGCUGUGGGGCUCUGUUAUACACUCAGACACAUUACUGGGAGUAUUAUUGUUGUGGGGCUCUGUUAUACACUCAGACACAUUACUGGGAGUAUUAUUGCUGUGGGGCUCUGUUAUACACUCAGACACAUUACUGGGAGUAUUCUUGCUGUGGAGCUCUGUUAUACAGUCAGACACAUAACUGGGAGUGUUAUUGCUGUGGAGCUCUGUUAUACACUCCGACACAUUACUGGGAGUAUUAUUGCUGUGGAGCUCUGUUAUACACUCAGACAUGUCAACAAUAUUGAGCUCCUAGAAAAGAGGGACAUUGAGUGAGAAAAGGGGGACAGAGGGAAUUGGGCAUAAAAGAUGGACUGUCGUUCAUAAAUGGGGACACCUGGGAGGUCUGUGGUUAGACUACACAGGCUUAAGAUACACAUAACAGGAGCUGUAUAGUGUAGUAGGUUGUAUGUAUAUAGGAAGAAGAAAAAAUGAAAUGCACUUACAAUUUGUAGAGCUAUCCGUAAGCUCUGCUUUGAAGUGCCUGAGUGGGAUGAUCCCCACCUGGGGAUAUGGUGUGUGUGUCUCUUGGUCUAAUGACGGAUCUUUAUAAAAUAAAAAACAGUUUUAUAGUAUGUAGCUUAUCGCAGGUAUGGCUAAUAUUUUAUAUAGAGAUACUCACUCACAUUUUAUGGAGCCGGUGGAAGUUUUUUUUUUUUCCCAGUCCCCGGAGUGUAGGUGGUAUAAUCCCCACCAAGAGAUAUAAUGUUCAGAUGUCAGGAACAAAGCAGGAUGGUCCAGGGAAGAUUCAAAAUAUACUACUUUAUUAGAAAUCUAUAAAGGAUAAAAGAAAUGAAGUCACACUAACGUGUUUUGCCUUAUAAGCGUCAAUAAGACGAAACGCGUUGGUGUGACUUUUACUGUAUUUUUGUAUCUUUUAAAAGAGAUUUUUAUCAUGCUAUUAAAAUCACACAAACCGUACAUAUACAGAGCAUAUUAUUACCAAAAACUGCGUCCAGCUCUGUCCCACCGUCAAAAAUGAUGUGAAUAUUGGCAGCAAUGACGUCAUAAUCAUGUAAAACUCCUACAAAUUCCCCAAAGUGCAAACAAUACUUAUCCAGCAAUCUCCAAUCGAUAUUCUAAAAUAGGAUUCAGCAUUAAGGACUAGAAUAGAAACAUUGAAUUAAUUAUGUCCCUUUGCAGCAGUCUUGCCUUCCUCCUGUUAACAGGAUUGCUGUUACUGUAGCAGAUUGUAUCUAAAUACAUUAUAACUGAAAGGGUUCCGUCAUCCCAUUUUUUUAAAAUGUACCGUUGUUGGGUUUCCCCCCUCGCCCCCCCCCCACAAUCUCCAGUUUUCCUUUUUUUUAUGCCCAUUGUAUUUUCAUGAUUACACGCUUCCCAUGUCCAUCUGACUUCAUUAAUAUUUAUCUGUUCAAUACCUGGGUGUGGCCAUCUUGUUCUCCUCUGUCCAUGGCAUUCUAUUUUUGAGUGAUGGAUUGUGGGUAAAUUUGGCUUGGGAAUGGUCCAAGAACAUUGAUCACACGCCUCACUAGACACUGUAUUUCCUUCUGUAAUCUAUGUAUAACCAAGGGUGAAUUCCAUAAUAAAUAUAAAAAGGGGAAAUAAUCGGACACAAUUUUUUUUUUGUUUUUAUUUAAAAAAAAAACAAAAAAAAAAAAACGACCUGCGCUGAUGUCUUGUCACUUUGUAGAUUUUAAGUCUGUAACUGUGGAUACAUUCUAUCUGAACCAAUAAUGGGUCGCCCAAUGUAGAAAUAAUUCUUAGAUCUUUCCCACCUACGGGAAAACCCGUUUUGUCUUACUUUUAUUUAGUUUUUAUUGAUUUAUUUUCAGCAUGGACACUCUUUGAGCAGGGACCUCAAUCCCUCUGUUUCUGUGCGUCAAACUUCUCUGGUUACAACUACAUGUCUGUUAAUCCACCUAUUGUACAGCGCUACAGAAUUUGUUGGUGCUAUAUAAUAAUAAUAAUAAUAAUAAUAAUUUUUUUUAAAACCAUUUUUUUAUAAAAUGUAUUUAUUUUAUUUGUUUACGGGGGAAAUGUAGUUACCCUAAAGGGAUAAUAAAAUGAUAGAAAGUGAUCUGGCUGUCCAGUAGGAGUGAAAUCUGUGUCACCCCAUUCUCUCCAGACUGUCCCUUUAAAUGUCAGGCCUCUAAAAGAGGAGAAAUGAAAGUUGAUGUGGCGGGUUGGGGGACUCUGCUUAGCUCUGUUAUUUUAUAUUUCAGUUCUCCUGUUCUGUCAGAUUUCUAACCCGGCAACAUGAGUGAGGAAUCGAUCAUUCGGAUCCCCCCCUAUCAUUAUAUCCAUGUUCUGGACCAGAAUAGUAACAUCUCCCGGGUGGAAACUGGACCCAAGACCUACAUCCGACAGGACAAUGAACGGUGAGCCACUAACCAUUGGUUUAUUACAUUGACCAAUCUUAAUGAAUUAUUUUAUUUUUUAAUCUAAGUUAGGAGCCAUCUUGGGUCUGAUUCUGUUAUCUGACCAAGCGCUGCUCAACCUAAAUGGCAGAGCAAUCACAGCAGCAGGUUAGGCUGCACAGCCAGAUAAAGGGGGAAUCUGGCCCGUCAUACGUGUCUUUUUUGGAAUUAAAUCUUGUCUUGUUUACCUGUCGUACUGUGCUGAGUAAUAUGUUGGUGCUAUAUAAAGAAUUGCUAGUGUAAUUUCAUUAAAUGGAAUAAAGUUUUAAAAAUAACAAGUGAAAAUUUUGAUGAAUUGUCGUUUAAUUUCACGGCCUGCAGAGCCCUUCGCCAGUGGCAGUAGUGUGUUCUACGGAAUGCAUGGUGUCAUGGUCUGUUAGCGCAGGGAUCUAGGUUUGCACUGUGCGAUGCUCUGCAGGGAGUGUUAGUGCCAGGUUCUAGGUUUGCACUGUGCGAUGCUCUGCAGGCAGUGUUAGUGCCAGGUUCUAGGUUUGCACUGUGCGAUGCUCUGCAGGGAGUGUUAGUGCCAGGUUCUAGGUUUGCACUGUGCGAUGCUCUGCAGGCAGUGUUAGUGCCAGGUUCUAGGUUUGCACUGUGCGAUGCUCUGCGGGCAGUGUUAGUGCCAGGUUCUAGGUUUGCACUGUGCGAUGCUCUGCGGGCAGUGUUAGUGCCAGGUUCUAGGUUUGCACUGUGCGAUGCUCUGCGGGCAGUGUUAGUGCCAGGUUCUAGGUUUGCACUGUGCGAUGCUCUGCAGGCAGUGUUAGUGCCAGGUUCUAGGUUUGCACUGUGCGAUGCUCUGCAGGGCAGUGUUAGUGCCAGGUUCUAGGUUUGCACUGUGCGAUGCUCUGCGGGCAGUGUUAGUGCCAGGUUCUAGGUUUGCACUGUGCGAUGCUCUGCAGGCAGUGUUAGUGCCAGGUUCUAGGUUUGCGACUAGUGCCAGGUUCUAGGUUUGCAUGCUGCUGCAGGCAGUGUUAGUGCCAGGUUCUAGGUUUGCACUGUGCGAUGCUCUGCAGGCAGUGUUAGUGCCAGGUUCUAGGUUUGCACUGUGCGAUGCUCUGCAGGCAGGGCUAGGAUGUUCUAGGUGUACAUACAGUGAUGCUCUGCAGGGACCGGCUAACAGUGUAAUUAUCUAGGUGUGUGCGGCUGGUUCUAGGCGUCUGAUGUCAUGCAUAGCAUGAUGGUUAUUUAGUGUCAUGCUCUGUAUAUUGAUGUCAUGCUCUGGUUAUGUGUGUUUUGUACAGGUGGGGAUUAGAGGAGGUUCUAGGUGUCUGUCGAUGCCUUGCAGGAAUGGGGUAUAUUGAUGUCAUGCAGGUAGUUAUCUCUGUUAAACUGUGCAAUGUUCUGCAGGGUUUUGUUCCACCCCCAGCGUAUGAUCAUGGUGCCUCCGCGUCAUUACUGUGUGAUCCAGAACCCUGUUUUAAAAGACGCAGGACAUGCUGUGCAGUUUGAUACUGUUGGCCAAGCGAAACUGCGCCACGGUGACCAGGAGAUCCGACUCGCGCAGGAUCCAUUCCCACUGUUCCCAGGAGAGGAGCUGCAGCAGGUUCGUACAGCUAAAUCGGUGUGAACCCAUAAUGUGUUUUAUGGGGUCAUUUUUUUUCUUCACUUUUAGGGAAUAUAACCCUCAUCUUUCUGUGUUCCCGUAUUAUUUUCCAUUCUGGAUCUAGAAUAGAUUUAUUCUCUUUUUAAUGCUAAUCAUAGUGCUGUAAGUUCCAGAAGAAUUCCUUUUUAUGGGUUAAUUCUCUCCAUUAUUAGAACAAAGAUUUAGUGGUGGGUUUUUUGUUUGUUUUUUUUCUUCCUGCUUUUUCUAUUUUAUUUGACUUUAAGUUACUCUUUAUUCAUGUUUCUCUUGUUUGUUUGUUUGGUUUUCCCUUGUCUGUGUAACACAUCUCCUUCUCCUGCUGGGACUGGCCUCAGGGGAUCACCCCACUCACCAUAGUGCUCGCCAACACAGCUCUGCACCUGAAAGCUCUGCUAGAUCUGGAGGAUGACGAUGACAAGUUUGUGGCUGGGGAUGAGUGGCUCUUUGAGGGCCCAGGUGAGCGGUUUUAGGGUCUGUUUGAGGGCCCAGGUGAGGGGGUUUAGGGUCUGUUUGAAUGACCAGGUGAGCGGGUUUAGGGUCUGUUUGAAGGACCGGGUGAGCGGGUUUAGGGUCUGUUUGAAGGACCGGGUGAGGGGGUUUAGGGUCUAGGGUCUAUUUGAAGGACCAGGUGAGGAGGUUUAGGGUCUAUUUGAAGGACCAGGUGAGGAGGUUUAGGGUCUGUUUGAAGGACCAGGUGAGGGGGUUUAGGGUCUGUUUGAAGGACCAGGUGAGGGGGUUUAGGGUCUGUUUGAAGGACCAGGUGAGUAGGAUUAGGGCAGUGGUUCUUAAACCAGUCCUCAAGAUACCCCUCCCAGUCCAUGAUUAAGGAAUUACGCAGUUGUUUUAUUUAUUUAUAUUUUGAAGAAGAAAAGAAAACAAAAUACACACCUUAGACACUGGAUAAUCCAGGACUGGUAAGGGUACCUUGAGGACUGGUUUGGGAAACACUAGAUUAGGGUCUUUCUGAAAAACAGGUGAGCAGGAUUAGGGUCUCUUUGCAGGACUGAGUGAGUGGAAUCUGGUUAUUGAAAGAAUAGCUGAGUGUGAGUUGUGGUAUUUGAAGGAAUAGGUUGAGGGACUUUGUAAUUGUUCAAAAGGUGUGGGCAUAGGGAAUGUGGCAAGUGGCUCAGUUUGAAGGGUCAAUUAAGUGGGAAUUGUUGGAUCUGCAGGACAGGUGAGGGGGUUUAGGGGUAUUUGAAGGACAGGUGGGAUUAAUAACACUCUAAAUGCAGUUUGUCUCUUAACGUGUGACAUUAGUGAUUUUUGGCAUGAGUGGGUUUACCCCGGCUUUGUAAUUUGGCAGGUACCUAUAUUCCCCGGAAGGAGGUGGAGGUGGUGCAGACAAUACAAGCCACAAUAAUUAGACAUAACCAAGCUAUCCGCCUGCGUGCCCGCAAGGAGUGCUUGGAUCGCGAGGGCCAGGCAAGAGUCACUGGUGAGUCCCUUGAUGUCUCUGCUGGUCUCUAAAAGUCCCCAUCCUGUCCUUGCUGGUCUUUCUGAGGAAUUGUAAUUCCGUGAUUUAAUUUCCAUUCUCUCUCGACCUUUAGUUAAUCUGUCUAUUUAUACAGUAAUAUCCCUAGAUGUCCCUCGUUCCCUUUCUGUCCCUGGCCCUCACUGAUUCUAGCUGUCUACAUCACAGGUGAGGAGUGGCUGGUGAAGAAAGUUGGCGCCUAUCUGCCUGGUGUGUUCGAGGAAGUGGUGGACAUUGUGGAUGCCUUUGUACUUACAGACAAGGUAAAUCCCAAGUUCUGAUAAUCACCCACACAGUGCAAUAUCUUUGUAUCUCCCUAUCAUGGUCAGCUUUGAAGUCUCUGAAAGCCCUGUUGCUUCUAGAUUUGUGUACUCUAUUAUGUCCUGCAUCUAGAGCUGCAUGGCACCACAUGACAACUUCUAGAUCGCAGUGACACAGGUAGAUGGUUCUCCAUGAUGAUCAGCUUGGUUUUCAAUGUAGCUUUAUUAUGGUGCCACGUACAAAGCGUUAUAUGACCAUUAUGCCCCUGUCUACGCACUGUUCGUGUUCCAGUGCACACAUUAGUUGGGUACAGAGCUUUCCUGUGAUAUUUUGUGGCUGCCCUAUCUUUUAAUGAAUCUAUGUUUCUCUCCCUGAUACAGAAAGCUCUGCACAUCAGAGCCACCAAGACAUUCCGUGAUGAGAAGGCCUAUCUGCGACGUACAGGGGAGGAAUGGUUGGUGACCAUGGUAGAUGCUGAAGCAUACAUCCCCAAUGUGUAUGAAGAGGUUGUGGGAGUCGUUGAUAUCACCACACUGACCAGCCGCCAGUACUGUGUUAUCCUGGACCCCGUGGGAGAUGAUGGGAAGCUACAGCUAGGCCAGAAGAAAGUUGUGAAGGUAAUUGGUGUAAAACUGCCGGGUUUAUGUGGAUUCUGAUCAGAACAUCUAGACUGCCUCCAUUGAUGAUGAGGGAAAAACCUCCCUUCACCUGAGGGAAGCUCCUAUGUUUUUUGGGGAGGAGAGGGGCGAGGAAAGACGCAGUGAUAUUGAAGGGUCUAUAGGAGGGUAGUGACCAUAGUCAGUAUGUUUACUGUAGAGUGUAAUGGAGGUACAUGUGGUCAUGACCACCAGUCUGAUAUGCUUUCAUUGACUUCCUGUAGGGAGAGAAGUCCUUCUUCUUGCAGCCCGGGGAGAGCCUGGAAGCCGGGAUCGAGGAUGUCUACGUACUGUCUGAGGAGGAAGGACUGGUACUGCGGGCUCUGCAGCCCCUGGAGGAGAAGGAUGAGGUGAGCAAUGGGAAAAACUGCUUCUUAGGUGCUUACUGUGUUUCUUUGUCUCUUUUUUUUUUAUGUCACUUUUUAUGUCCCUCUGUCUGUCUUUUACUCUCACUCUUAAUCUGUGUCUACAAUCAGGACGGGAAUGAAGUGGAGCAUAAACCAGGAGAUCGCUGGAUGAUACGUGGCCCAUUAGAGUAUGUUCCUCCCGUGGAGGUGGAGGUAAUGGUGAGACGAGAAUCCAUUCCCUUGGAUGAGAAUGAAGGCAUCUAUGUGCGAGACAUUAAGACCGGAAAGGUAAUCCUGGGCCGGGGACUUGUAACUGUGUGAAACGUUAUGUGACUAGAUAAAUGAGAUGUUCCAUGUGUAGACAUUGAAUUGUGACACCACCGUAACCUGAUGUAUGUUCUCCCAGGUGCGUUCCGUGGUGGGACACACCUACAUGUUGACACAUGAUGAGGAGUUGUGGGAGAAGGAGCUGCCAGCCAACGUGGAGACCCUCCUGGCUUCCGGGAAGGACCCUGUUGCUGACAGAUCGGCACGGCAGAUGCAGGUACAGGAAACCGAGCCAAGAAAUAAGACGCGUGCUGUCACUUACCGCGUCCCCCACAAUGCAGCUGUACAGGUUUAUGAUUAUCGGGAGAAAAAGGCUAGGUAAGUGCUGGCAUCUUAUUGCAUGAUUAACACCUUGAUUCACCAGCAGACAGACAGAUUUCUCUCCUUCCUUAAGGGUCGUCUUUGGGCCUGAGUUGGUGAUUCUUGGCCCCGACGAGCAGUUCACAGUCCUCAGCCUCUCUGGAGGAACGCCUAAGAGGUCAAAUGUCAUCAAAGCAAUCUGCUUGCUUCUUGGCCCUGAUUUCUGCACUGACCUCAUCAACAUCGAGACUGCAGACCAUGCACGACUGCAGAUCCAACUGUCGUACAACUGGUGAGAAACUCUGGGGAAUAAUGGGUGGUCCUGGGGCUCCCCCAGCUGUUAAAGACUUUGUUUCUUGUAAUUGCUAUACAUGUAAGAAAGCCAGAUACAUAAAGCUGCAGUAGGAAACAAUAAGUAAUUGUGGAAACCGUUCUGUUCAGCCUUAUGUUAACUGAUACAGCAUUCAUGAUUGCUAGCUCCUAAACCAAAGAUUCCUUGCUCAGUAUCUACAACCUUAUCUGAUUUUAGUUUUCCUUUCCUCAGGCAUUUUGAAGUAUCUGAUAAGCACAACGCAGUGGACGCCUCAAAGAUUUUCAGCGUCCCAGAUUUUGUGGGAGACGCGUGUAAGGCUAUUGCGUCGAAGAUUAGAGGAGCUGUUGCAUCAGUACAGUUUGACGACUUCCAUAAAGUAAGUGGCGGAGAACUAAUUUGUGCACCAUUUUCACUCUGGUUUUUGGCUCCUCCUAAUGCGUUCUAGCAUCUUCACAUAUUAUCAUGAUGUCUUCUAACAGAACUCUAAUCGGAUCAUCUGCUCAGCCGUCUUUGGGUUUGAUGAUGCUCUGAAGAUUCGAAGCUCCUUUAAGUUCCCACAGAAUAAUCUGGUGAUUACCAGCGUAGACAUUCAGUCUGUGGAGCCCGUGGAUCAGCGUACGCGUGAUGCCCUGCAGAAGAGUGUCCAGUUGGCCAUUGAAAUAACCACAAACUCCCAGGAAGCCACGGCCAGGUGAGGAGACCUAGCUUGCACAGAUUAGUUGUGGAACGAGUGUGAGACACCCCGAGUUACCAUAAUCACUAGAAAUAGAGAGCUAGUCAGUAUGUUAACAGCUCGGGGAAUGACAAGAUGGAGUCAGUCAGCGGUAAGGCCAGGGGAACCAAGUGUGGUCAGUUGCUACAAAAGAGUACAAAUGACACCACUAUCAUUAUAUUUAGAGUUGGAGGAAACUUUGGGAACCUGCCAUGGUCAGUCCAUACAGCAUUUUCUCUUUAACCAUUUCAGACACGAGGCUGAGCGCUUGGAGCAAGAGGCUAAGGGACGUCUGGAGAGGCAGCGGAUCACAGACCAGGCAGAGGCCGAAAGGGCUCGGAAAGAACUGCUUGAGCUGGAGGCUCUUAGGUAACACUAAACAUUACCUCCAAUAUUUAUUUUAAAUAUAACUUUUAUUUUUAUUUUCCUUCACCCUUCUCAUUACCUGUUCAUUAAUGUUUGUCCCGAUCUGCUUUUCCUCAUGUGAUCCGCAGCACUGCAGUGGAGAGCACAGGAGCUGCCAAGGCAGAGGCUCAGUCCAAGGCUGAGGCUGCGAAGAUCGAAGGGGAGGGAGCAGUACAGCAAGCCAGACUGCGAGCCCAGGCUCUCGCCAUAGAGACGGUAAGUGUUGCGUUCAAUGUUCAAGGCUGACUUUCCUGUGACGGAGCUUUGUGGGUGUAAUGUGUAUCUGCUUGUGUUACGGGCAGGAAGCAGAGUUAGAACGUCUGCGCCAAGCACGGGGUGAAGAGCUGCGUUACACUCAGGAUAAGAACAAGUUGGAGGUGGAGAAAGCUCAGCAGUUGGCAGAGCUGGACAUUAAGAAAUUCCGCGAGAUGACACAAGCCAUCGGGGCAUCAACUCUCAGGGAUAUUGCACUGGCUGGACCCGAGUUGCAGGUUAGCCAACCCAUCCCCUCCUCUCUCUCUCUCUCUCUCUCUUUCUUUUUUUGUUCUAACCCGUUGACUCCUCCGAUUACCCCCGGAUUCACUGCUCACCCUCUGUUGCUCUCCCCCCCAGGUGCGGCUGUUGCAGGGUCUGGGAAUCCAGUCCACUCUGAUCACAGACGGAUCGACUCCUAUUAACCUGUUCACUACCGCACACGGAAUGCUUGGACUCAACCCCAAACCAGUCACUGACAAGGAGGCCGAGUAGUGAAGAAAGCGAUACACACCAUCACUACUGUGCUGCUCAGAUACAUCUUGUAAUGACAACUGCUGGAGCUCUGUGUGGAGUUUAGAUGGUUACAUUAACCCUUACCUUCUGUCUGUGACUCUCUGCUCACUGUGUUCAGUAACAUUAACUCUUUCUAUGUAUGUCUGACCCUCUGUGAAUGCAGUCUCGCUGUGUGCUGUCAGUCUCGUUAACCUUUUCUCACACUCCCUCUAUAUGAGCUGACACUUUGUUCUUUACAGAAACUAUAUUUGCACUCUUACUCUCUACACUUUUUUUUUUAUUCUACAAUGUAACUUCCUGUGCCUUAACCCAGUAACCGGCAUGGCUGGCAGAGAGCCCAUUUCAUCCCAGAGGUGCCAGGGGCUACCAGCCGUUGGGCUCAAAAUACAAUAGUUUUGUGAAUUCCAAUAAAUCCAAUUUGGCCUGGUUCGUGGUUUGUCUAUUGCAUCUGGUGUUAGAAAAUGAAAAGACGUCUGGGGGCUGAUCCAUCUGUAAUCCAGUAAAUUAGCCGAAGUCUGUUUUGCUCAUGAUAUCAAAUUAACUCAUUACACUAAUCGUUCCCUAAAACAGAAGUUAAACAGGGGAAGCUUCCAUAGUGUAGUAAAUUUUAUUUCAACAUAAAUAAUUCUACUUAAGGAAUGCUAUUGAGAUGCAGCCAUAGACGCACACAGAUUGUUGCACUCCGACGCAUUCUGCAAGUGUGCAGUCAGUUUCUUGGGUAGUGGGAGUGAAUAUUGCUGGAACUGACCUACAGGGUUUAGUUUACCAGAGUUUAGAGCAUUUUAGUCUAUUCAGCUGUUUAAUGACAAAUGAUUAAAACAUCCAAGAUCAACGUUUCAGUCCUUGCAGACUUUCAUCAGGAUCAUGAUUUCAUAUAUAUAUAAUAUUUUUUAACCUUACUGUUUUGAAGUUUGUUUUCACUAUUUUUAAUGAAUCUGAAAUUGCAUUACAAUUCUGAAUUUCAUUUUCUUUGCAUUUGUUAAUAUAUAUCAUAAAACUCAAUAUAUUGUAUAAUCGUAAAUACAUUUUAUAAUGAAUUGAAAGCUAAUUGUUGAUUCGGCAAUUUGGUAUCCAAUUCAGUAUUUGGCCCGUAAACUCCAUGGCAUUCCAACAGUGCCACCUUGUGGGGAGGCCAUGGGAAACGUCUCAUUGUUUGGGGGUUUACAUUUAUUUCUUUUUUAAUUCCAUAACUACAGUACUGUCUUGUAUUAUAUUGAAUUUUACUCUUUGGGCAACUCAGUGAGUGGGAGGCACUUUCUCCAGGUGAAAAAAUAAACAUUUUCAAUUAUAUUAUUGUGAGGAAUGAAGAUACCUAAAAUAAUACCCACGUACCGGUUCUUAUUCGUCCUGCUAGUGCCAAAGACAGAUAAAUUUAAAUGUCUGCAAACAGACAGAGUAUAAACGAGAGACAGGCC